UCAACGCGGGAGGCUUGGACUUCACUAUCGAGCCGCGGGAUGUGGUGGUGGAGCAGGGAGGUCCUGCGAGACUGGACUGCGAGGCAAAGAGCGUCUUCGGGACGCCAACUAUACAUUGGCGUACGGACGACGGUCAACCGAUCACGUUCAUCGGGGAUAGUUAUCGAUCACAGCUAGCGAAUGGAUCCUUGUACAUAAAUAGCGUGUACGCUGGUAGUGCAGAAUUAACUGGAAGUUAUCAGUGCUUAGCCUCCAUAGACAAUGUCGGAGCGAUUGUUUCUCGGCCAGCUACAAUUAAACUAGCGAGCCUCCCCGGUUUUGAAAGGGAACCUCAGGAUACCAUGGUUUAUACAGGACAGAUUGCAUAUUUAAGUUGUGCGCUGCCGGCUUCCUCGAGUCUGUUAAAGAUACAAUGGUUAAAGGAUGAACAUCCUUUAAUGCUCGAUAAAAGUCGAAUGACAAUCUUACCGUCAGGCGCAUUAGAAAUCGACGAUGUUCAGUAUCACGACGUAGGAUCGUACAGAUGUAACGCUAGCGGCUAUGGCCAAUAUAGACUGAGUAACAAAGCACAAUUAGGUUUAUUAUCUAGUGACAUCGAUGAGGGGUCCAGCGCUCCAGUAUUCAUCGCACAACCUCUGCAACAAAUAGCCACUGAAGGAUCUGAUGUGACACUGGAAUGUGCUGCCAACGGUUAUCCAAAACCGACGAUUCUUUGGCUUAAAGAUGGUAUCGCUCUUGAUUUGACGUCACUCGACUCUAGAUAUCGCAAACUCGCAGCCUCUAGUCUCAUGAUCAUGAAUAUCAGAGAAUCGGAUCAUGGUUCGUAUCAGUGUCGCGCGGAAAAUAUGGUUGAAUCUUUGGACGCAGUUGCUGAAUUAAUCGUACAAGUUCCACCGAAGUUUGUAAAGAAGCCGGAGGAUAAAGUGGCAAGUGAGAGUCAGGAUCUAGAAUUUGAAUGCGAGAUCUAUGGAAAACCGGAACCGAAAAUUACCUGGUUGAAGAACGGCGAACGUAUCACAUUGAGUGCAUACUGGCAAAUUGUCAACGGAUACAAUCUGAGAAUCAAUGGACUGUUACCCAUAGAUGCAGGAAUUUUCCAAUGCAUGGGAGUGAACCCUGCUGGUAGUAUUCAAGCCUCAGCACGUCUCACGAUUAACCAGCCUAAGGUAGCAAAUCCUCAUAGAACAACUACUCCCAAGACAGUUCCUAAGAAAAAAUUAUUACUGCAUCGGCAGUUGUAUAAUAAGACGUGGCAGCAUCCGAGCACUCUCUUAGGACACACAUUCUCGUCACAUAUGCCGAGUCCUCCACUUUCAAUAAGUCCCUCCGAUGAUCCCGCAGAUCUCCUUCCGAGUUCGUUUAAAUAUCCUAAUUCCCUUUACAAUCCGGACUCCCAUUUUAUAGAUGAUACAGACAUUCUGGAAGCGUUUGACGGAGGUGGUGUACCCUCACCACCGAGAAACUUGAGUCUCGUCAUCGUUACUGCAAGAUUCGUUACGCUACGGUGGCAGGAGCCAGAAAACGCGAACAGUGACACUCUCAACUAUUUCAUACAUUACAAACAGGAGGGAGCCAUGAGGGAAAGAGUUGUCAACACACAGCAAAAGCUAGAGGCUAUGAUACGUGGUUUGCAGCCUAGUAUGACGUAUCAAUUCCAUGUGGUUGCACAAAAUUCUCGAGGAAUGAGUGCUCCUAGUGAAGUAUUACAAGUUACAACGUUAAUAGAGGCUAACGUUCCCGGACCUCCAAUGAAUCUGGAAGGUCAUGCGACGAGCAGCAUGAGUAUUACUUUAUCAUGGGAGGAGCCACAAGUUAUAAAUGGUCGAAUAUCUAAAUAUAUUAUUACAUUUAUGGAGGGCGACGGUGAAGAGGUAACGCGUGAAACUACUAGUACAACGUAUGAAUUGGUAGAUCUCGUGCCUUAUACGGAAUACAGUAUUAGAGUUCAAGCGGUCAAUGAAAAUGGUCCAGGCGCGUUUAGUAAGGAUAUCAUGAUUCGGACUCACAGCGCACAACCGACGCAACCACCACAUAACGUUACUUUAGAAGCAGCUAGUUCGACGAGUAUUAUCAUAAGAUGGGAACCUCCGCUCGAGGGACAGAAUGGGAUCAUCACAGGUUAUAGAAUACGCUACCGCAGAUAUCCGCACGACCCCCGAUCCGGAGAUCGGCGAUCCCCGAUCACUGUGACAACUGAAGGAAAUCAGCGUUUAUACGUACUCAAUGGGCUCGAGAAACAUGUUGUGUAUCAAGUUCGCAUAUGUGCCUUCAAUGUCAAUGGAACUGGACCUUGGACGGAAUGGAUGAAGAUAGAAACGUACGAGAACGAUUUGGACGAAACAAAAGUACCUAAUAUACCCAGUAAUUUGAAAGUGAAUCCGACGGCGGAUUCUAUACUAAUAUCGUGGCAUCCCCCGAAAGAUCAAAGCAUUAAAGUAAGAAAGUAUAAAUUAGGCUGGGGCAAAGGUUAUCCCGAUGUUGAGAUACAGGUUCUUGAUGGAAAGCAACGAUCCUACGCUAUUAAGCCUAUAGAACCAUUGACGGAGUACGUAAUAUCUUUAAGAGCAACAAAUAAUAAUGGUGAUGGUCAACCAGCAUACGCGAAUGUGAGAACUCCUGAACGUUUUGUAUCUGAAUCCGCAGUGCCUUUAAUACCACCUGUUGGCCUUAAAGCUAUCGUGCUCUCGGCUUCUACUGUUGUACUCUAUUGGACAGAUACGACCUUGUCGAAAAGUCAAUAUAUCACCGAUAGUCGAUACUACGUGGUACGUUAUACGUCCUACCAUCAUAGCAGCAGCCCAAGAUACAAAUAUUACAAUGCUACUGAUCUCAACUGCAUGAUUCAUGAUUUAAAACCCAACACGCAGUAUGAAUUUACUGUUAAACUGGUCAAGGGUAAACGAAGCUCGCCAUGGAGCAUGGUCGUUCUAAAUCAAACGCAAGAAGCUGCGCCUAGCACGGCACCUCGGGAUCUGAUUAUUCAAACUAUCGAAGAUCGUCCAACUUCCGUUCUACUGCGAUGGCAACCUCCCAAGCAACCUAAUGGACAAAUCACAGGAUACCUUAUAAGUUAUUCCACUGACAACACGAAAUGGGACCGCGAUUGGCUAGUUGAAGGUGUCAUUGGCGACAAGGUGGAUGCUAUCGUGAAGGGGUUACAGUCUAACACAUUAUAUUACUUCAAGAUCCAAGCACGUAACUCGAAGGGAUAUGGGCCAUUCUCCACGACAGUCUCAUUUAAAACGCCACAAAGCAAUGGCAUGGAUGAUGAAUUGCAUGGUCGAGAUGGCCGAGGCUUCUCUAAUAUAUUGAUUUACAUCAUAGUGGGCCUUUCUAUCGUUUUUAUCACUGCUAUAUCGGUAGUGGUCGUGGUGUGCUGCAAACGUAAUCCAAACUCGCCAGAUCGAAAGAAAGGAUAUAUGAAAGAUUCGAAUCAGAAAACAAAUAUUAAACCACCGGAUUUGUGGAUUCAUCAUGAUCAAAUGGAGCUGAAGGCGCUUGAAAAAUCAUCACUAAAUGGUGAAGCCUCUACUAGCGGUGUCACCAGCAAUACGCUACCAAGAUCAAGCAAUCCAGACUAUAAUCAAGAUAACAUACAUGGAAAUUCCAGUUCACUAGAUAAACGUACUUACGUGCCAAGUUAUAUGGGUAAUACUGACGAGAAGUGCUCAACCCUGAGCAGACAACACAGUCGUGGAAGCCAUAAACCUAAAUUAAUUACACUUCCCGUUGAUAGUGCACCUUUGCAUCACCCUAUAGCCACGGCUACGCCAAUUGUGAACAGCAGCAUGUCCCAGCCAACUAUUCACACCUCGUGCAGCGAUACAUCAUCAGUGAGACAGAACUAUCCACGAACGGUCGCUCAAUAUAGCUUAAAUCGCGCGCAUGUCACGUUAGAACCAACUCCAGAAUCCAGCCCAGAUUCCAGUAACAUACCUAACUCCUCGUACGAGCCAUUACAGAGUCAGUUGUCAUAUACGAGCGGACAGUCGUACAGUGGAAACACUCAAUAUACCUCCGGUCAUUAUGGUAAUAGCACUCAACCGAUGAGUAAUACCGUUGGGGUAGAGAAUAAUGCUAGCAAGCGGUUACAAGGCCAUCCUCUUAAGAGCUUCAGCGUGCCGGCUCCUCCGCCGCAGAGUGCCCCUUCAACGCCAGCGCAACAGAAGCAUGGUGUGUCACAAGUGACAGUAAGGCCAACAAUGUCCGGAAGUCCGUACAAAAAACCGCAAAGUUCGUCGUCGCAAUUAACGAAGAAUCGCUUAGCUUCUGUGUCAAAUCCAGCGCAUACGUCAGAGGAAGUUGAACGGUUAAAGCCUUCGUACAGCACCGAAGAAUUGAAUCAGGAAAUGGCCAACUUAGAGGGUCUUAUGAAAGAUCUGAAUGCCAUAACAGCAUCGGAAUUUGAAUGCUAAAGUAGGUUCCUAAACCUUGUGCCAUCCUAACUGAUGGAUAGACUGCAAUGCCACAUUCUCAAUGUUAGUACCUGAGAGGUAAAAUUAAUCGUUAUUUUGUCCCCAUUUAUGUUGAAUUCUUUCCCAAUAAUUUCGUACGAUUAUUAUCAGGAUUACGUAUAAAAAACGAACAUAAUUAGCGUCGAUGAACGGCGCAAUUAAUACGUGAUCCAAAUGUUCAAUUUAACAAUGUAAUUGAGACAUGGCAGACAACGGCUCACCAGAUUAUUCCGUCGUGUUUUUCUCUCUCUGGUACUAGCGUUGUUCAUUUUGAGUGUAAAACUCAAUAUCGUACUUGCCAAUGUGUAAUCUGACAGCGUCCUGUUUUUGCGACGUAUUUUUUUGAUAACACGAGCAAGUGUCGUGCCGCAAUCGGCCGUCGAGAAAGCUCGAUAAACGCUUUCAUGUUUAUAGACGUUUAUAUAAUAUAAUUGCGUAUAAAUGUGCUGGACGCGUAUACCGAUCGGAACCUAAAUUAUCCGACACGAUCAAUUUUGGCGUGUUUUUCUACGAUGUGUGAAAGUCAAUGUACAAUAAUAUAAUCAAGUCGCGCAAGCAAAGAUUGUCGCAAAGACAUCUUUCUUUAUCCUCUUUUUGUUUAAAUAUCUACGUCAUUAAAAAUCCAAAAUAAUUUAAUCGAAUGAUACCCCUUGAGUAAAUACUAUGCUUUUAUGCGCGUUGAUCUGAGUGGUUUUGCCUAAAGGGAAAAGAAGAAAAUCGCCUUGCUGUCCCCAACGAAAAGCCUCAAGCGUCACUUGUCGCUAUUUCAUGUAUUCGUAUAAUUAUAUUCCUCAUCGACUCGCUAAUGAUGCCAUAUUUACGCUUGAAAAGAUGGGGGGGACACGUGUGAGCCAGUUCGGUCCAAGAUGAUAUAGGCGGAGAAUAGAAAUAUUUAUUCUAUUUUUGUAUCUAUUAAGAUCGGUUUGCGAUGAGUUUUAUUGUGCACAUUUUAUAUUCUGAAGUCUCUGGCAAAACUUAUCCGCAUUUUUACAAGAUUAAUUUAGAAACGGAAUAAGUUUUUACAUUUAACGGGACUGAUCCAUAGAACUGAUGACUUGCUCGAUGUAAGCGCGAUGUAAGUUCAGUGAAAAUUUUUUUUAGAAUUUUUCAUAUAAUUUUUUAGAAUUUUUCAAAAGGUAAGGUACUUUUUUGUAAGAUACUUAAGCUGAAUAAAGCCCGCUUAAUUUACAUAUAAUAUUAUAAUAUAAUUUAUAUAUAAUAUAAUAUUUUAUAUAAUAUAUAUAAUAUUUAUGUAAUAGUUUUCAAAAACUAUUAAAAAUGAAAUUUAUUAAAAUCUUAUUUUGAACUACUAAGAGUAUCUUAUGAUUUUAUAACUUUCUAAAAACUCCUCAGAUUUUUUAAAUUUAAAUUGAAACAUCACACUCCUCAUUUGAUAAUUUCCAAAGAAGAUUUACUUGAAUUAAUUUAAGAUAUUUUUUUUAGAAAUUUUUAUGAAUGUAAAAUUUGAAAAAUUCUUAAAAAUAUUAUGAUAUAUUACAAAAAUUAUUUUCACUAAGGAAUAUUUUGUUUUACGCUUCAGUAACUCGUUUCGGACAAUCUUCGUAUGUUUGUGUUAAGCCGCUCUAUACGGGUGCACUCGACAUACCAGGCAGCUUGUAUUUAAAAAUGAUUUUAUGCGCGUAUCUUUUGUUGAACCAAUCACCUAGUAUAUAUUACGAUCUCAUUGGAAAAUAUUAUUUUAGAGUUAAUUGAUUGUAGGCGAAUAAUUAUGGGUAUUAUAUGAUAGGCUGUUUAGCGUAACAAGGUCCAUUUUUUAGACAUCGGUCGCGAAAGAUACGCGAGACUCGUACGCGGAAAUUUUUUCACGAGAUUAAGCAGCACAAUACUUUCAGACCGAAAUUCGUACCAAUACUUUCAGAUCCGUCGUUAUGCUUCGAGAAUUCAUAUGUUCCAGUGCAGAGGUAAAAAAAUUGCGUUAUUCGACGAAUGUGGUUCGCUUGAAAAUAAGCUUCAUUCUCUCCCCCGUGUCGCCCUUGCAAGUUAAAGUAUUAUUAAAGAAAAAAGUUUGUAUACAGAUAUUUUUAGUGGGAUAUAUACAUACUUCGUAUGUAGAUUUGUAUUUUACUUACUCGGGAACGCGAUCGGGAGAACGCAGCUUUUAGGAGAAAUUUUGUAAACUUAUAACGCAAUGCUCAAUUCUCACUGGCGUUGGAAAUCGUCGAGAUAUAUACAUAUGUCCAUAUUUCUCUAUCCAGAUACAUUUUCUAUAAACCACUUACUGCCAAUUCAUUAAUGCAUAUCUAUCAAAGUACAUACGUACAUAUUUCCUUCCAAUUGCUAAACAUUUUAUCUGAUGAAACAUUUAAGGAAACGCACAGGGGCGCGUUCGAAUUCAAAUUCGGAUCAAUGAAAUACAACGAUUGUCAUUGCUGCGAAAUAAUAAUAUGCUUAUAGAAUUUCGAAUCGUACUCGACCACUUUUGGGACACUUUUAUAUUUUCAUAGCGUUUCGAAGCAUUGUACAAAGAUCUUGUAUAUUAAGGACGUUAUACGCGACGCGAGAUGGGAAGAAUUCGAGUGAUAUAAGUUGAACGUCUUCUUUUACUUUAAGACAAACUUAUAUAUAUUACUGGGAGACAGGAGAUAUUUAUUUAUGAUUAAAUUGAAAAAUCACAAAAAUGCUAGUCGACAUUCAAGUUAUCCAGAGAAAGAAGCAGUUUUUGAAACUAAUUAUUGAGUCGGCAAAUAAGUUUGAUCGUUUUUUGUAGUGAAAUAAAAUACAAUUUUUUUGAUACACAAAAUAAAUUUCAUUCAAUUAUUGACCACUUUUUUCCAUUUUUUAUCGCUCGUCAACAUCCGCUUUAAAAAUGGAUCGUUUUCUCGACGUUUCCGCGAAUAGUAGAUGGAUAUGCGAGUGACCAAGUCUCGAUUAAUUCAUGCAAUAUCCAAACAUUAAGCCAAAAAACAUAUACCAGCUGGUACAAAUAAUUUUCUACGCGUAUGGGAUAUAUUAAGAAUGUCAAUCUCCUGCAUUAAUUGGGAUGGAUAUGUAUCGAUGAUUAUCUUGAUAUCACUUGAAUCAGUUUCAAUCGGAUGACCGAAGCAGGGCGUAUCAUUGACGUCGAAAUCUCCAGAACAAAAUUUAGCAAAUUACUUUCUGGCAUACGUUUUGUUAAGGCAUCAUUGCCACGACAUAUCGUUUUAUGAGUCUCCGCAGUUUAUUUGCCUUUUUUGAAAUAAUAGAGCAAAAUGUGACGAUAAUGCACGUUAUUUACUUCCACAGCUGUGCAAUACAUACAAUACUAAUGUUAGCCAAACCAAAAUUUACAGAAAGGUAAUGUGAAAUAUGAUCUUUCAAAUGCGCAUGCGAUUUGCGCGAUGGCGUCUAGAAAAAAGAGUGAAUCAGAAUGAACCUGCAAUGAAGCAAAAACCGAGCGAACUUAUUUGUCAACUUAAUAUUAGUUAUGUCGAUUCUUUAUAUAUAUAUACAUAUAUAUCACUCACUUCCCAGUAACUCGCAUGAUAUGAAUCUUGAUAUAGCAUCCUGAUUUUCGGAUGCGUUGCGAAAAAAGUAAUAGGCGAUACUCUCUAGUAUAGGCGCUGCCAAAUUUUGUGACAGACUCCUCGCGGAUUUGGAGUCUUUCAAGCACAAUGGGAAAAAUAAUUUUUGUAUCAUAAUUUUUGUAUUUAGAGUAUCGCAUGUUAUUUGCCGGUGCGACAGUACGUAGAUGAUAUCGCCCGACGCGCGAUUUACAUGUACAUAGAACAAUUUUAAGUUAAUAUUACUUUUGUCUUAAGUAUUUUAUGUGAAUUGAUAUAUUUGCAAAUAUAUUAUUAAAUUUAUAUUAAAAAAAUAUAUAUUUUGUGAAUCACAGUAAGUGUAAUACUUUAAUCAAAAAUAUUAAAUUUAAAUCAAAAUUUGAUUUGCUUAUUAUUCCGAUAAAUUUUUUUGCAAUAUUUUUCGAAAGAAUAUGCAAAUUUUUUUUUUAGUACACAUGAUCUAAUUUUUUCUAAAAAUUGUGACGAGUAUAUGUUGAUUAUUAAGAUUAUGGAGAAAAUAUUUUUUUCAAAAAGAUAACAGUUUCUUAAAUUAAAAAAAACCUAAUUAGAUAAUCGCUCUUCUUAGAAUUGAUUUUUUUUGUGAAUUAUAACAUUGUGAAAAGAAAAAUGUUGCAAGCAUUGCCAGUGUUUGAUCGCACCGGACUUCGUUCAUCAAACGUAACAGUUUUAUAUUUUUUAUAUACAUAAGUUAGUUAAAAGAGAAUGUGUUAUUAAAUAAGCGCGCGAUACGUUUUUCUCGAAGAGACACCGACGUUUUGCACUGCGUUGUUGUUUUUAUGUUGACGGUAUGUUGAGCAUUGUGCAAGCUUUUUGUAAUCGCGAGAGGAAACAUAUAAGAGCUAUAUCGAUAAAGAGAACAGCUUGUACAUUAAGUAUAUAUAUGAUAUAUAUAUAUAUAAAAGUUGUAUCUAUAUUGCGCUGUUGAGAGAAAAAAAAGCGUCGGCUACUUUUUAAUUGAAGAACAGGCCUAUUCAGAAGGCCUGUGAGAAUAUUUUACCACAAAAGUAUAAUUAGCGUAUAACUAUAGCAUAAAUAGCGUAUAUAUUUAUCUAUAUAACAUUAAUUAUUUAUUGAUUAUUUCUUUUUCGUUUGCGUGUGCGCGCCGAUUUUUCCGGAUAAACAGACGAAAACUUACGAAACAUUAGAGGCUGGUUUGCAUUCGACCGUCGCGUCGCGUAAAAUACAGCUCCGAUUCUCACAUUACUCAUCAACGAAUCGAUCAUCCGCAUUUGCAUUUAUAAAUUAGUUAGGUAAAUCAAUUAUCUAGAUUAACAUUCACAUGAAAUUCGACGAUGUAUAAUCGGCGAAAGAACGACCGGCUUAUCGAUGUACAUAAAUAUGAAAAAAAUAACACCGCCAUUUUAUAUAAGAGAUGAUCAAGUAUUUAUAUAUAUUAUAUAUUAUAUAUAUAAGCUAUUAUAUAUACAAUUCUUAUAUUUGUACGAUAUACGAUAUAAGAAAGCCCGCCCCGAGACAAAACAUUCAUAACAAGUGUGUGAUAAUAUUUGUAAAACUUGAUAUUCAAUAAACAAUUUUAUGUUCUUUACAAAA